UCAAAAUUAAAAAGCAAAACGCUAUUGGUGAAAAUAAUCUAUAAUGUCUGACGAUUUUAUCAGUUUAGUAAAAUAAGCGAUUAUAAAACAAUUAAACCUUAUGAUUAAACCCAGUAGAAGAGAGGAUCAUAACUUAUAAUAUCGAUGAGAAUAUUUGAAAUAAACAAAACAUAACCUCCAAUUUGUAAGUCUGAACUUCAAAUGUACAAACCUCAUAAUAAAAUGUAAAAGUAAAAAAUCCCAUCAUAUGUUAUCUUAAAACCAAAUUAGAAACCAUUUGUUACAAAAGAAUUCUAUGUGGAUUAUAUUUCAAUAAGUGGAAGCAUAAUUUUAAUGUCAUGGUGACAUGUUGGCAUUUUAGAAUAAAUAUCACAUAGCAUGUUUAAUAAAUACAUUCCCUCAAAAGAUGUUAAGAUCAUGUUUUCGUUUAAAACGUAUUCACCUAAAGUUGUUUUUUAUUGCAAUAAUAAUUGUUUCACUAAUAUUUAUUUAUUUGAAAAUGAAAAUUCCAAAUGACAUUGAGCUUGAAAAUCGACAGAAAUUUGUAAAUACUGAAAAUAAUGUAUUUGAACAAAAGUUAAGAGAAUGGGAAGGAAAGAUUAUCCCAGGACUAGGUGAUAAUGGAGAGACAGCUUUUUUGGAUGGACAGGAUGCCCUCGAUGGAGAAAAAGCUUUAAAGAAAUUUGCUUUAAAUACUGUUUUAAGUGAUAGAAUGCCUUUAGAUAGAAAAUUGAGGGACCCAAGAAAUAACAAAUGUAAAAGUUUAAAUUAUUCGCCAAAAUUAAAAGCAUCAAUUGUUGUAAUAUUUUAUAAUGAACUUAUGUCAGUCAUACUGCGGACUGUAUGGAGUGUUCUUUUACAAACCCCAAGUCAUUUAUUACAAGAAAUUAUUUUGGUAGAUGACUGCAGUACUGAUGAAAGUUUAAAAGGACUGUUACAGUAUUAUUUGGAUACAAGACUAAAGGAAUACAAUAUUAAAUUGAUUAGAUUGAAACAUAGAAUGGGUCUAAUUAGGGCAAGGUUACAGGGAGCUCGAAUAGCUCAGGGUGAUGUUUUAAUAUUUUUAGAUGCACAUUGUGAGGCUACCAAAGAUUGGAUCGAACCACUACUAGCAAGAAUAGAAGAAGAAAAGACUGCAGUACUUGUUCCUAUAAUUGAUGUUAUAGAAGCAAGUAAUUUAGCUUAUUCUACUAAUGGAGAUUCAAGUUUUCAAGUAGGUGGUUUCUCAUGGUCUGGCCAUUUUACCUGGAUAGAUAUUCAAGAUGAAAAUGAUAAAGGAAAAGUAACACCUAUAAAAUCACCUACCAUGGCCGGUGGUUUAUUUGCAAUCGAUAGAAAUUUUUUCUGGGACAUUGGAUCUUACGAUGAACAGAUGGAUGGAUGGGGCGGAGAAAAUCUGGAGAUGUCUUUUCGAAUAUGGCAAUGCGGUGGACGCUUAGAAACUGUGCCCUGUUCGAGAGUAGGUCAUAUAUUUAGAGAUUUCCACCCAUACUCCUUUCCUGAUAAUAAAGACACCCAUGGUAUAAAUACGGCACGUCUUGCCCACGUUUGGAUGGAUGAUUAUAAACGGUUGUUUUUUAUGUAUCAACCUGGUUUGGAAAAUAAUCCAAUAGUUGGUGAUUUAACGCACAGAAAACAACUUAAACAGAAGUUGAAAUGCAAAAGCUUUAAAUGGUAUCUGGAUAAUGUUUAUCCGGAAAAAUUUGUUCCCGACGAAAACGUUUUUGGGUAUGGACAGGUAAAAACAGAAUUUGACAUGUGUUUGGAUGAUUUACAAUUAUCAGAAGAUAAAGUAGGACCAUUAGGUUUAUACCAAUGUCAUCAAUUUUUAGCCGUGUCGCAAUAUUUUUCGUUGAGUAACAAGGGAGAGCUUAGAAAGGAGAAUUUUUGCGCCGAAGUUUUUAAAGAACAAGAUGUCCAGUUGACGGAAUGUCACGGUCACAAAAGGGAACAAUACUGGAUUUUAUAUAAAAAUGGAACUAUUUAUCAUCCAGCUAGUAAAAAAUGUCUUAGCAGUGACGGAGUCGAAAAUGGUAAAGGUGCUAAAGUUGAAAGAUGUAAUGGUAGUGUUUUUCAAAAAUGGAUAUUUAACCAUAUAAAUCAAACAGCUGUUAUCGAAUAAAACAGUUUUUUAUGUGUUUUAGUACUUAAAAAAUAUUUUUUUUUAUUUCUGUUUAGAAAAGACAGGAAGGUUCCUUUUUAAAAUACUCUCAGCUAAUAUUUUUAUACUUGAUAUUUAAGUUAUUCAUUGUAUAUAACAUAAAUUUUAAAAAAUAGGUAUUUUUUAAUAUCUGGUUUAUAAAAAUAUCAAUCAACCUCCCAAAUCAUAUUUUUCUAAAAUAUAGUGGUGUCUGAAUUAAAUGACGAUAGUAUAAAAAAAAUGGACCAUAAAACUGAACAACAUCGAUUUCUUAGUUUAGUUUAUAAACGUUUUAUGAUGAAAAGCAGUCCUAGGAUGAUGAUACAUACAUAAUUCUUAUGGGAAGUUAUAUUAGAAUUUGUUUAACUAUCAACUAUAAAAAUUUUUCCGCGUGGUACUUAUUUAUAUAUUAUUGAAUAAAGUAUGUUAUAAAUAAUUAGUCAUUAAUCAGAACGUAAAGAGUUACUAACUUUUUCAUUUUUAAAUUAUAUUUCAUUAAAUGUUUCAUGUUUUUCAAAUUUAAUAGUUAUUAAGAUGGUGUUAAAGUAUAUAUUAUAUUAAAAAAAACGACUGAUUAUCAUUGAAAUUAUAAAGUUACUUAUCUCAUAUUUUUGGAAUAUAAAAAUUAUAUAAAAUAAUAUUUUCAUUUAGAGUCCAACAGAAUUUUAAUUCUUUAGGCAGCUUUUUUAAACUGAUAUUUCUCUUUUGUGGGCAAAUUAUGCCAAGAGACAUUUUUUUCUAUUGCUCAAUAUAAGGUUAAUUACACUUUAUUAUUGUAUACUAAUGUGAUUUGUUUUCCAAUUUUUUAAUAUUACUAUAUGAACGAAUAAACGGCGUCGUGGUAAGCAUAGAAAUGA